CGUCAUUCAUCAGACAAAAUGGUUGCCUAACUAAACACACCCACUUCCGUAUUAUUAAAAAAACAACAACACUUAAUUAACAGGUAUAAACACAUAGUUUAUCUUUAAAGUUCAAUGUGUUUGUUGGCGAUAAUAUCAUUUUAAAACCCAGAUUUACUGAUUGCAGUUAAACAUGUCAACAUAAUAAUUGGGGAAUGAGUCCACAAGUUGCAGCUGUGACUGUGAAUAAAAUUUUAGAUCAAAUUGAGAUCAGUUUUUUCCCAGCCCAAAUUUAAAUAAUAUGGAGAUUACAAUUGUUCAUACUUAAUUUUAUCCACAGGUGUAGUGUAAAGAAUAAAACACCACUAAAAUGCCUCAUACCAUAGAGAAAGACUUUUCCUAUACCUUUCAUACAAAGACAACCAAUUCAACUCUAAAUGUCCCUAUAACUGUGCCAAUGCACAAUGACUCAAAAGAGUUUGUGGCACGUUUGACUCAAGUUCAUAAUUUACCAUGCUUUGUCCAUCAAGGUAAAUGCUAUUUUUGUGUAAAUUUUUAUUUGCAGCAGAUAAACUAUUCAAAGAUUGCUUUACUGUUACUUUGGGAAUGAUUUACAAAUAAAUGCAUCAUUUAUAAUUGUUGAUCAAUGUCAACAGAAUUUCAGCAACAUAAAAUACAAUCAGAUCAAAUUCUUUGUAAAGAUCAAAGAGUUUUUAAAUGAAAGAGAGAGAUAUGAUAGAUUUAAAUCAGUCCCUGUUAAUAGAGAUCUGUUUCCUUAUUUCAGACCUAGAAAGUAAACUUGAUGGCUUUGUGAGCAAAGAGACAUCACAAUUAUAUGACAAAAAUGCUAAUGAGGCUGUUGAAAAGGUUAGAAAUGGAGAGAUUGAUGUAAAUGACCUGGUCAAGCAAUGGUUGCCAGCUUAUUGUCAGGUAAUACAAAACACAAUCUUGAACACAAAAAAAUGGAAAAGUUUUAAUAGCACUAAUUGCAAAUGGUUAGGGUUGCCAUAUCUAGCUGGGACCUGGUCUGGACACUCUGAGAUGGGGGUAUAGAAAUGAAAAAAUUAUUUAAUAUAAUUACUUUUAAGGUCCAUAAGGGUGACAGUCUCAAUAUAUCAUGGAAGAUGGCAACCCUAAUUAGGGUUGUAUUGAUUAAUUUACACAUAUAAUCAGUUGUCUGCAUUAUCUGACAUUUGCUCAAUGGCCGUAAUAGCAAAUGAUUGAAUUUUCAAUUUAUAUCAGACCCUGUUUCUUUUAAGUUUAAGUAUUUUCUUUGAUGUUCAUUUUAAACUUAAUUUUGAUUGGUCUAUUUCUUUAUUUGGGGGAAAAAUGUUAAAGAGCAAUUUAAACAAAUAAAAAGAAGGCAUGUGUUGUUCAUUUAAAAAUAUUUGUAAUUCUCCCUUAAAUUUAAGACUUAGUAAAUCCAAUUUUAUAAAGAGAAGGUUUAUGUCAGUGACAGAUGUAAGCAUGGGGUACCACAGAAAUAUUUGUACCGGGCAGCAUGUGUGUUUGCAAAAGGGGGGAGAGGGGAGGGGGGUGCAAAUACUUUUGGACAAAAAAUCCUCUGAGGAUGUAAACAAACAAUCAAAUUAAUUUUUUGCAUAGAAAUGCUAUUCACAAAAACAAAUUUGACCAACAAAUUUUAUUUUAAUUAUAGUAGGUUGAAUGACUGAAAAAUUGAGUGAGUAGGUAAGUAAAUUUUAGAAGCUUGAAAAACGUUAGUAGUAGUAUUUUGACAAAAUGUUAGCAAAAUCCUGUGGACACUCAUGGAUGUAAGUGUAAGUGUGCAGUCAUCCAAGGCUGUUAUGAGCGUUUAUAAACGAAACAAAAUAUUAACUUUCAUGCAUUCCAAAAGGUAAACAAAAUUUUAUAAAUCAACAGAUUUUUUUUUUCUGCCAGCCUCAAAAUUUAACUCACUGAUUUCAAAAUUGAUUUUUUUUUUUAUUUCUUCCCUUGAUGCAGGAGUUGAAAAUGUAUGCUAAGCCUCACCAGCUCAGUAACGAUGAAAGAUUUGCAGAAGUCUAUCAUAAGUUGAUUCACUCCCCUGCCCUGGAAACUUUACUCAAUCUGGAACAUGAGUAUUCCUUGGGAGUGGAAAGAGUAACCAAGGAGAGGGACAGAGACUUGCAGCAUCUGCAAGACAAGUGGGUGACAUAAAGUCUUUUUUACUUAAUGUUCAUAUGAACUGAUGUCAGAAGUUUGUAUAGUUAUUUCAGCAAUUUAUUAAAUAUCAUUAAAGGUGUUUGUGGAGCAAAGUUUUUUCUAAAAUGAUAUUUUUCCAUUUCAGGCAACGUGCAGACAUGGACGAAGCUCUAAAAAGUGUAGGGUCGGUUUAUAAAGAUGAAGAUAUCAAUUUAUUGGCACAAAAACAGUUUGAAAACACUCAGGUAAUAUCUUUGGUCAUUUAUCAUAAAAACACUCAGGUAAUGUCAUUUAUCAUGAAAACACUCAGGUAAUAUCAUUUAAAAAAAAAACAUUUUCAUAAGAUAAUUAAAGAUUAACCAUCAUCCACAUGGUGAAACAUUGAACAUUUUAUUUCACAUGGUGAUGAAAGUUACCUUAUAUACUAUUCAUUGAUAUUGUUUUAUUAAAAUUAACUCCAUUGAGUGUAAAUGGGUACAGGUUUACAUAUGUACAGGUUUUCAUUUGUACAGAUUGCAAAUAAAAGAUAUAUUAGGUUAAAAUUUAAAAAUGGGUGUAGAGAAAAAUAUAUUGUGCCUGAUAUGAUUUUCUCUAUGUUUACUUAGAUUGUUGAAGGAAAAUGGACCUCAGAACUAAGAACCUUGCACGAGCAACAAAAAGUAGAAUAUAGAGAAUGGGUUUUUCAGGUCCAUGAAGAUUCACAGGGGAAAGCCCCUCUUCCUCCUUAUGUGUGAGUAAAAAACUUUUGAUUUGGGUGUGGAAUGGUUCUGUAUGAGUGAAAAUCUUUUGAUUUGGAUGUGAAAUUUUCAUGUGAUUGUGAGUGAACAACUUUUGAUUUGGGUGUGGAAUAAUUAUGAAGUUACAAUGAUUUUUCAGAAUUUUGUGUGUGCAAUUGAUGGUACCGUACUAAUUUAUGAGGAAGCAAUGUUAGACACCAUCUCUGGAUUUGUUAUAGUCAGAAACAAAAGUUGAUCAGAAGUUUUCUCAAUCUAAUAGGCAAAGAUUGCGCAGUUUAUCAUCAGUACUCCCAGAUGCAGAUGUUGAAGAGAGACAAGCUCAUGUUAGUAGACUAGAAGAGAGCUUCACGAUACACUUAGGUUGGUCAACAUUCAUUUUUAUCAAGAAUAUAUGAUAUUUUGUAUUUGUCACAAUCAUACAUUCAGCUAUGAUACCAUUAAAUGUUAAAGAUAGAACCAUUUAUUGUUCAUCUCAUUUAUUACAUUUGUUCAAUGUGCACAGAAAUAGUGUCAGGCAUCAGGUGUGCAUGCACAGAAAGUGUCAGGCAUCAGGUGUGCAUGCACAGAAAUAGUGUCAGGCAUCAGGUGUGCAUGCACAGAAAUAGUGUCAGGCAUCAGGUGUGCGUGCACAAAAAUAGUGUCCGACAUCAGGUGUGCGUGCACAGAAAUAUUUCAGGCAUCAGAUGUCCGUGCACAGAAAUAGUGUCAGGCAUCAUAUAUACGUGCGCAGAAAUAGUUUCAGGCAUCAGGUGUGUGUGCACGGAAAUAGUUUCAGGCAUCAGGUGUGUGUGCACAGAAAUAGUGUCAGGCAUCAGGUGUGCGUGCACAGAAAUAGUGUCAGGCAUCAAGUGUAAGAUAGGCCUUGAUGCAUGUCCUCAAAGAAUAUUGAAAUUGAGCUUUGGCUAUGUUUACAGGUGCUCAGAUGAAGACCACACACAACUUAAGACUUUUAUGUACAGAUGUCUUAGACUUGUGUAGACACAAACCUCAUACUAUUGGGUAGGUACAAAAAAAAAUGGAUUAAACAAACCAUCAAGAAAGAAAAAAAAAUAAACAUUAUUAGCAAAUCUGUGUCUGUGAUAUUUUAAAUUUAAAGUAAUUUUAAACCUAAUGAGUUGACCAUAAUGUUGAGUUCAUUUUAUAAUGAGUUGACCCUAAUGUUGAUUUAGUUGUAUAAUGAGUUGACCAUAAUGUUGAGUUGGUUGUAUUUGGUUUUGUUUGGCUAAUGAGUUGACAAUAAUGUUGAGUUGGUUGUAUUUGGUUUUGUUUGGCUCAGGGGAUUGGUGAUUCCACAACCCCAAAGACUCCAAACGGCCAUGUCUCUCUACUCCAACAACCUGUGUGGUCUUGUUUUAUUGGCUGAUAACCGGUUAAAUUCAUACACAGGCAUCAAGCAAAGUAAGUUAUCUCAUAUUACACAAUAUCCAGCAGGUAAAAUGUAACAAUAUUUAAAACUCGGAAAAUAUUUUUUUGUUAAAUAUAUAUAUCUACUUUAGACGAUGGAGUAGCUAUGUAGUGUAGUCCUACACUUUGACGAGUGGCUAACUAGGCCAAUCCUGGAAUGAAAAUCCCACAGGAGAAUAUUGAUUAUAUAUACACAUAUAAGUCAGUUCAUCUCUCGUGCUUUUCAGAAUUCGCUCAAAUAUGUGACAGUUCAACAGAUUUCCACUUCCCAACACUAGACCACCAGUUUCAAGUCAUUGAGGAACAGUUGCCCAAAGCAGCUGAUGUCAAGGCCAAAAAGAAAGGAUCAUCAGAUGAAGUUGACCAGCUCAGUCUCCAUAGCUCUACAAGCAGCUCUAGUGAUGAGAAGGUAGGCACUUACUACAGAGGGUACACGUAACUGAGAAGGUAGGCACUUACUACAGAGGGUACAUGUAACUGAGAAGGUAGGCACUUACUACAGAGGGUACAUGUAACUGAGAAGGUAGGCACUUACUACAGAGGGUACACAUAACUCUAAUGAUGAGAAGGUCGGCACUUACUACAGAGGGUACACAUAACUCUAAUGAUGAGAAGGUAGGCACUUACUACAGAGGGUACACGUAACUCUAGUGAUGAGAAGGUAGGCACUUACUACAGAGGGUACAUGAAACUCUAGUGAUGAGAAGGUAGGCACUUACUACAGAGGGUACACGUAACUCUAGUGAUGAGAAGGUAGGCACUUACUACAGAGGGUAUGCGUAACUCUAAUGAUGAGAAGGUAGGCACUUACUACAGAGGGUAAACGUAACUCUAGUGAUGAGAAGGUAGGCACUUACUACAGAGGGUAAACAUAACUCUAGUGAUGAGAAGGUAGGCACUUACUACAGAGGGUAAACGUAACACCAGUGAUGAGAAGGUAGGCACUUACUACAGAGGGUAAACAUAACUCUAGUGAUGAGAAGGUAGGCACUACAGAGGGUAAACGUAACACCAGUGAUGAGAAGGUAGGCACUACAGAGGGUAAACGUAACACCAGUGAUGAGAAGGUAGGCACUACAGAGGGUAAACGUAACACCAGUGAUGAGAAGGGGGCACUUACUACAGAGGGUAAACGUAACACCAGUGAUGAGAAGGUAGGCACUACAGAGGGUAAACGUAACACCAGUGAUGAGAAGGUAGGCACUUACUACAGAGGGUAAACGUAACACCAGUGAUGAGAAGGUAGGCACUACAGAGUGUAUGCGUAACACCAGUGAUGAGAAGGGGGCAGUUACUACAGGGGGCACAAGCAGUAUUAUCACUUUGAUUCAUGUAUAUUAUUUGUGUUCAGGUUUUAAUUAUUUCUCCUAAAUAUUACGCCAAUAAUGAUGUCCAAGAGUAAGUUGUAGCUCCUGGGCCAAUGGCAUCAUGCCCUUAAGAUGGUUUGAAACCUGUGAUAAGAUUAGCCAGUAAUGAUGUGCAAGAGUAAGUUGUAGCUCUUGGGCUAUUGGCAUCUUGCCCUUAAGAUGGUUUGAAACCUGUGAUAAGAUUAGCCAGUAAUGAUGUCCAAGAGUAAGUUGUAGCUCUUGGGCUAUUGACAUCUUGCCUUUAAGAUGGUUUGAAACCUGUGAUAAGAUUAGCCAGUAAUGAUGUCCAAGGUUAAGUUGUAGCUCUUGGGCCAAUGGCAUCAUGCCCUUAAGAUGGUUUGAAACCUCUGAUAAGACAUGUUAAACUAAAUUGCGCUAUCUCCAACACAUUCCAAUGGACCACCAUGUGAAUACGUAUGAAGGGUUCUAACAUUUUUUUAAAUAUUCAACCUAAGGGCAACUUUUACCUACUAUUAGCAUGAUAAAGUUCACACAUACAUUUACAUGUAAUAAAUAUAUCUUCAUUUUGAAUUUCUAAUUAGGAGAAAGUGGGUGAAAAGAAACUACAUUCCGGGGACUUUUACCUGACAAAACAUUCCAACCUUUCCGAGGUGCACGUGGUCUUCCAUGUUGUUACAGAUGACAACCUACGAACAUCUGACAUCACAUCAAGACAUCCAGUGAUACUUAGUAUACGAAACAUCAUAAAGCUCUGUUUCCGUUAUGAUAUCCACACCCUUACUGUACCUCUUUUACUUACACAUGAGAUGUCUGAGGUUAGUUGAUUGUCUGCUCACACCCUUACUGUACCUCUUUUACUUACACAUGAGAUGCCUGAGGUUAGUUGAUUGUCUGCUCACACCCUAACUGUACCUCUUUUACUUACACAUGAGAUGUCUGAGGUUAGUUGUAUGUCUGCUCAGCUAAAAUAGGAAAGAAAUAUUAAUAAUUUCUCUAUUAUAUCAGGCUAUUAAAAAUUGAACACUUCAAAAGAAAAUAUAUAUUUAUAUCUAUUGCAUUGUUAAUUCUUAAAUAAAAGAAUUUCUAUUUAAAAAAUGUAAAAAGAAACUAAAAAAUUUCAGUAAAGAAACAUUCAAUAUUGUCUGUGCCUUUGUUGCUCUGUUCAGGAGAUGACAAUUUCCUGGUGCAUGAAGCGGGCAGAACUCAUGUUUAAAUGUGUGAAAGGUUUCAUGAUAGAAAUGGCAACCUACAGCAGCCAGGAGUCCAGGACCAUACAAUUUUUAGUGCCAAGAGUAAGUAGUCACAUUUAAUCUUAAUCUGUCACUGAAAGUGGAGGUGGCAAAAUUUAAAUCACAACAUAUGUACCAAAUAAUAGUUUGUUCUUAGCCCUAUUGCUGCAUUUAUUCUCAGAUUGCAGCUAUUAUUGUCUUUAUAAAAAGUUUUGUGUGAAAAUGUUUAAAUUUUAAAAAUGUUUAGGCCUACCUAUUUUUAAAGUUAUAAAAGGUACUGAGGACUUAAAAAUAAAAAAAAUAUCAUGGUUUUAUGUUUACUUUAACAAUAUUUAUGCAGUAGGAAGGUUUUUUUAAUACUCAAAUAUUAAUGACAGCUUUUAAAAAGAUACAUUUAGAAUGGGCCAGUAUUCAAUCUCAGUGUUUUAAGAGAUCCAGCCAAAUCAGUGUUUUUAUAAAUGUUUUUUUUUCUUCAAUUUUCAGGGCCUGUCAGAAGAGCUGUUUCACCAGAUUAGCAACAUGAUACCAACUAUAUUUCGACUGUCCAAUCCUUUAGUGGUAAAAUCAAACUAAUCAGACAAGUGAUUUUUAUUUGAUUUACUUUUUUUGAGUCUUACUGUUUCUGAGAAAAUUUUCAUUUAACAUCGUAUUAUUUCCCUAAAUACUGUGAUACUUAAUUGCCUUUAUCAAACACUUUACACCAGUAUUUGUUUUGUAACUUGUGGAAUAUUUGGGUUUACUAGGAGCAUAGAAAUUUACUUAAGUACCAAUUUCUUAAUGACUUAAGCAUUUUUGUUACUAUCGGUACAAGCUAUUUACGUUAGCAACUACAAUGAUUUUCCCUGCAAAAAAAUGCUGAAAGGAGCUUAUCUAAUGUAAAUAUAAACAAUUACCUAAAAACAAUUAUUUACUUUUUAUGUUAACUUUAAAAUGCUAGCUUUUUGCAAGAGCAAGCUAAAAACUAAAAUUGAAUUUUUUUUAACAGAAAUUUUUCAUUUGUUUUUCUAGAGAAACUUACUGUUAUCAUCUUGUGCAACAAUUACAAUGCUUUAUUAACCCCCACCCCCAUGGUCUGUGAAAAGUUGUCUUCGUGAGCAGCAUUCCUUUGUAAUUUAUUAAAUUUAAAUGCAUUUAAAAACAUUGUUAUAAUUAGGGGCUCUUUUACAAUUAGGGGCUCUUGACUGCCUGGGAAAGAACGUGGUCCAUGGAACAAAGAAAUAUUUUUCAAUAACUUACACUAACUAUUUAAUUUCAGAUAUGUCCCUUGUUUUUAAAAACUUGCAUUGAAUGAUGUGUGCAAUAUAGUUUUGUUACAUUUUGUUCAACCAGUUGCAGCAUAUGUUUAUCGUAUUGUCAUUGUGUUCAUUUUUUCUACACAGAUAAUCAUAUAAUGUUAGAAGUAUUUGAUGCCCAUAACAUUAACAUAAGUAUUGUACACAUUGGUAAGGAGAGUAAGGGGAUUUGUUGUUGGGUGUUAUUGUGAUUAAAUACAUUUAAAUAAAACUAUGUGCCACUUGCUUUGUUUAUCCUAUUAUUGAAACAAAUUUAUGUAUCUGCUUUAGACCAGUUGAGUCUAAAGUGGAAUUAAUGAUGAUACUGACAGACGUACGGCUCAUAUUGACAUUUAUUGACACCUCAACACUUAUUUUAGGUGUCAAGGUGAAAAAAACACCCCCCUCCUCCACCCCAUUGAAAUAUUUUCACAAUGACAAAUGUUCAAAAAUUAAUUUUUUUAAAAAAU